AUGGCGGUAAGUCUUCUCUACUGGUUAUCCAAUGCUGAGCGCUUUUUUGAUCCAGGAGAAAGCAAUGGAGGCAUAUGUCUGCUGGAUGCAUUUUGAAGCCUUUUUGGCACUAAAUCCCUUUCCCAAAUUCUACAGUGACAGACCCGAUCCAGUGGCAAAAAACGUACCAUUUUGCAUCCGGGAAGCAUCAAAAAUGUGGCAAAAUUCUUGCCCCUCCAAGUGAAAAAACUCUGUUUUGAAGGGUUUUCCUCACAAAAAGCGCUUUUGAAAUCUGAGUUUUUUUUCACUUGGAGAGCGAUGUAUUUUGCUGCAUGUUCGAUACUUCCCGGAUGCAAAAUGGUACUUUUUUUGCCACUGGAUCGGGUCCGUCACUGUAGAAUUUGGGAAAAGGGAUGUAGUGCCCAAAGGCUUCAAAAUGCAUCCUGGAGACAUUAAAUGCCUCAAAAUGCUUUCUCCUGGAUCAAAAAAGCGCCGCGUACGUUUUUUGCCACUGGUUCAGAUCCCCCACUGAAUCUCCAUAAUUUCAGUUCCGCUACAAAAGCAAACGAGAGCAGGAUAAAGCUUUGGACCGUUCCGAUCCUUCCGACGAGGAUGACAACAAGAAACCGGUUCAGGGACCAUCUUCCGACAGUGACGUCCAGCGUCCACGCCGCUCUAACAUAGUAAGGACAUCUCAACUUUCCCUAUUUCAAUCGAGAUUACCACUUUCUAUUCGAGCGUUUUCAGAGAGUUCAGAGAAUUGCCAAGUACCAAGAGCCAGUUGUCGAGCCCAUUAUUGGGGCGGAAUUAAAGACCAAGACCCCGGUUGGAAAGGCCAAGGGAUAUGUCAACCCGACUUCCACGCUGAAGAAGGAGGCGGCCUGCUUUGACGAUCGGGCUGCUACGUCUUUGGCUUGUAAGUUGGGAGAAAAAAAGUUGGUUGAAAAAGUCCGACAAAAAAGCCUUUUUAACAAAAGAGCAGUUUCCUCUCUGACUGUACCAAUAACCGUAUUUCAGUAGCCAAGUACGACGAGGAGUUCGCGGAGUACCUUCGCGAUCCUUUGAAUUUCGACAGGCGUUCGCCCGGGAGUGCCAAGAAACCGUCUUCGUCCAAGGUGCAGCCAAGAAAGAGCCGUAAGAGUUCGUCCAGCACGUCGGAGGCGGUCGACGUGAGUUCGAGCCAAAGGAAGACUGCAGGAAAAUCUGGGCGUGCUUCUAGAAGCUCGUCUGAUUCCACCGAAUCUCGACGUCCGAAGAAGAGCCAUAGACUGAGACAGGAGACGUUGAUUGGCAAGUCAGCAAAGAAAAGAAAGGAAAAAGCCACUAGAGGUAAGUUGCACGAGCCUAAGAGCCGUAAUACAGAAGUCUGACCUCCUAGAUGGUUUAUCUUAAUGUAAAUUAAAUUAAAGUUCGAUCCAAGAGUUCCUCGCACGAUUCUUCGGCUUCUAUCAAAUCCCGCCGCCGGAAGAAAAGCCAUGGACUGAAACAGUUGACGCUGAUUGGGAAGCCAAGUGAGCCAAGGAAGCAAAAGAAAGCUAAAGGUGAGUUACAAGAGUCUGAGAGCUAUUUAGAAGAAUUUUACAUCGAACCAGAAGUCAAAAUCAAUUUUGAUGACAUUCUUCCAUUAAAAAUUAAUUUCAGACAUCAACAACCUUGCUAGUGUUGUCAAACCGGCCAGACAAGGCCGUUCUCGAAUUCGAUCGAAACUCUCUCAACAUGGUCUUCGUCACAGAAGAUCCAAGUCCAACGCCUCUUCGACUACUUCCAAAAAACUGGCGACGAGAAAGAAGCACGGAAAGCCGAGUAUGUACUCCAAUUACAAAAAAAUGCUCGAGAUGCAAUCCAAGUCCAGGAAGAUCGAAUCCAAGGUGAGGAUUACGGGGAUUAGUGUCAUCUCAAAGUUGACCAUACAGUGGGGGACCUGAUCCAGUGGCAAAAAACGUACCAUUUUGCAUCCGGGAAGUAUCAAAAAUGUAGCAAAAUGCUUCCCUCUCCAAGUGAAAAAAACUCUGAUUUCAAAAGCGCGCCCACUCUUUUUGUGAGGUAAAGGGCGCGCCCUUCAAAACGAAGUUUUUUUUUUCACUUGGAAAGGAAAGCAUUUUGCCACACUUUUGAUUCUUCCCGGAUGCAAAAUGGCGUUUUUUCCACUGGAUCAGGUUCCCUCACUGUAUGUUGCAUUCACAAUUUCAAUUACAGCUUGACAAAACUGCCAAAAAAAGUAGUACCAAAUCUGCUCCGAAAAAAUCUCGGAACGAGCCGCAGGUUAGAAUAGAUUUUCUUUCCUCCAAAUAGUCCAAGUAUAAUUUAAUUUUCUCUCAUUUUUUUCAUUUUCAGGCCGACGGUGGAUUUGGCCGUUCAUGCUUUGGACCAAGUCCUUCAGGCAAGAGGUCCACGAGAAGUCAAAGCAAAUUGAGUACUACUGGGUCCAGUCUCGAGGAGGUUAGAUCGUCUCGGUCGUCAAGCAGAAAGCCCUUGAGCCAAAGCAAGGUGAGACACCACGAUAUUUUUUGGCAAAAAAUGCGUAUUAAAAAAUAAUUUACAGUGACGGAGCUGACCCAGUUGCAAAAAACGUACUAUUUUGCAUCCGGAAAGCAUCAAAAAUGUGGCAAAAUGCUUCCCUCUCCAAGUGAAAAAACUUCGUUUUGAAGGGCUCUUUACAAAAAGAGCGGGCGCGCUUUUAAAAUCGUAGUUUUUUCGCUUGGAGAGGGAAGCAUUUUGCCACAUUUUUAACACUUCCCGGAUGCAAAGUGGUACAUUUUUUUGCCACUGGAUCAGGUCCCCACUGUAUCUCUAAUUUUUUUGUUUUUAGAGCAAAGACGCUGGUGGAUUUGGCCGCAAAACCUUUGGACCUUCUCCAGCUCGUCGCUCAAGCCGAGCUCGCUCCAGGAGUUCAACGACCGGAUCGGACCGUCAACCCCAGCCAAGCGUUUCUAAGCAAGCCAAGACUUUGGUGGCUCAAUGCGAGAAAUGUGAGUUUAUCCACGCCUGAAGACGUCUUAAAGUCAGUCCUCGACCAAUUUAAGUCCAAAAUCAAUUUUUGAACUUACUACAGUGAGGGACCUGAUCUAGUGGCAAAAAACAUAUAAUUUUGCAUCCGGGAAGAAUCAAAAAUAUGGCAAAACACCUCCCUCUACAACUAAGAAAAACUCCGUUUUGAUGGGCGCGCCUUUUCCUCAAACGCGCGCUUUUGAAAUCGGAGUUUUUUCACUUGGAAAAGGAAGCAUUUUUCCACAUUGUUGAUACUUCCCGGAUGCAAAAUGGCACGUUUUUGCCAAUGAAUCAGUUCCGCCACUGUAUAAUAUCAAAACUUAAUUUCUUGGUCGAAAAACCACUGCAUAUGUUUCUUUCUACUCCUGUUAGAAACUAAUCACCAUCAAUUUUCAGUCGCUCUGUAUGGUGGAAGUGGCCCCUAUGAGAAGAAAAAGACCUUGAAUUUGGUGGUCAAGUCGGGAGGUUCCUCUUAUGUGGCCACGAUUCUCAUCAAGAUCAAGUCGGACAAGCCCAACACCGACUUUAAGAUUGGCGAAUACUCUUUGAAGCCCUGA